CUUCAAAAAGCAAAACGAAAAAAAAACAAAAAAACAACCAAACAAUCCAAAACAAUCCCAUGUUUAUUAUUACAAAAAAAGCAAAGCAUCUUCGUCGCUCUCAACCUCUUCAAACAGACAAAGACAUCAACAAAAACAUCAUUUGAAAGCAAUAAACAAAUGCAGAGAGGAAAGUUCACAAUCAUCAAGUUCAAAAAAACAACAGAGAAACCCAUAAACCCUACAACCUCCGUCAACCAUGGCUGAAUCUGAAGAGUACCCAAAAGAGUACUACAACGACCAAGACAGCGGGAGAGCAAACUCCAUGCCAUCAUCAUCAAUCUCAACGACCAGCGUCCAUGUCACCGCUCUGGACGGUCUGGUCAACGUCAACUCGCUCUUCACCAUCGCCGUCUUCGUGGGUCUGUCCCUGACGACGCCGGGACAGCGCAGCCUCGAGAACAAGACGGCGUGCGACGCCGGCGUUGACGUGGCGAGGAAGCUCCUCGUGUUCGAGGUCGUCUCCUUCAGCUUCUUCCUCUUCUCGUCUCUGGUAGCUCAGGGUUUGAAGCUCGCCAUUAACCUUCUCAACAGCAAAGAUGUUGACGAAGCGUUCCGGGCCCACAUCAACCUGAAAGCUCUGAGAUUUGGGAUGAUGGGGUCGGCGAUUGGAUCAGUGAUGGGUUGUAUCUUUUUGGUGCUUUCGAUGGUGAAUGUGAUCCAGAUCAGGCUCGGAAUGCUGUCUUGUGGAAGCAAAUCGACGGUCCAUGCUGUCACUUGCUUGGUAGUUUUGGUUUCCUCUGCCCUCUUGGUUUAUAUUUCUACUGCUGUUUAUGCUUUCCUUCACUAAGCUUCAAUCAAUCUUUGUAUGGUUGUAUCUGUCCCAUGUUGCUUCAUAAAGUUUAUAUCUUUUUCUUUUUGUGGGGCUGAUUGUUUCUGUGAAAGUGUAGCUCAUUUGGGUUCUUAGGUACCAUGUUGAUCAGGCAGAAAAAAAAUGCUUAAUUUUUCUUAUACUUUCUUAGCCUACAAAAAUGCUUAAUUUUUGGGGUUGUUUUUGCUUCUUAAAAGUUCAAUUUUUGAGGGACUACCAUUUUUUGUCAGUUUUGAAGUGUAGCUGAUCAUUUGUAAUUUGAGUGUUUGGCUUAGUUUAUUUGGACCAGUUUGCUUUGCUGAAGAGGAUUUUCUUAGGAAAAUCUGCUGAAUUGAAGAAGGGGCUGUACUCCAAAUUGCUGGGUAUUAUGAGUAAUAUAUGUGUGGAAGAGGUGGUCUGAACCUAUGGAGUAAUUAAUGUUUGAUGCUGUAUACUCUGGUUAUGUUCCCUCUCAGUCUUUCCCAUCCGGAAUAUUGGGUUUUAUCUGCAUAUAUGUUCUGCAUACAUGGCUUUGAAUCCACAUGCUUUUCAGAUC